AUGUCUUCCAUUAUGGUUGCUUCUUCCUUGCGAUCGGUCCGCGCUCCUCUCCAGGCUCUUGUGCGCAGGCAAUACUCCUCAGCUGCAGGCACUGCCACCAUUGGCCAUUCGACCAAAAAAUUAGCCAUCGCCAGCGGCGUCAGUGCUGCGGUGGGCGCUGAUGUGACCUAUGCCUACUUCACUUUCUUUAAGAAGAACGAUGGCAACUCUGCUUAA